AUCUGCCAGCGUCCGUGCGGCAGCAGCUGCAGCAGGAGGGACUGUUCAACCUCACCAAGUACGAGCAGCGCCUUGACUACUCCUACUGGCCUGCAGACCACGUGCUGAAGAAGCUGCUGCCGCCAGGGGUGGAGGUGCCCACGGCAUUCGAGACUGUCGGCCACAUUGCGCACGUCAACCUGCGGGAUGAGCUGCUGCCGUACCGCUUCGUCAUUGGGAAGGUGCUGCUGGAGAAGAACGCCCCGCUGAUCCGAGCGGUGGUGAACAAGAGCGGAAUAAUCGAGAACGAGUUCCGAGUACCAACCCUCGAGCUCAUCGCAGGGCAGGGCUCGUCCACCCACCUCGAGACCUCCGUGCGGCAGCACGGCGCCACAUUCCACCUGGACUACGCGCGCGUGUACUGGAACUCGCGCCUGGAGCACGAGCACAAGCGCCUGGUAGACGCGUUCUUUAAAAGGGGAGAUGUGGUGGUUGACAUGUUUGCUGGCGUGGGGCCGUUUGCUGUACCGGCUGCCAAGGCGGGGUGUGCUGUGCUGGCGAAUGAUUUGAAUCCGGCCAGUGUGGAGUAUUUGGAAAGGAAUGUGAGGGUGAAUGGGCUGGAGCGGCGGGUGAGGGCGUAUAACGAGGAUGCAAGGGUGUUUGUGAGGGGGGUUCUGAAGCCGCCGGAAGAGAGGGGAGGGGAGAUGGUGGCGAGAGGGGUGGAAGGCGGUUUGGAGGAUGGGAAGGAGGGGAAGAAGGAGGCGGGUGGGGAGGAGGGAGGGAAGGAGCAGGAGGGUGGGGAGAAUGGGGAGAGGGAGCAGCAGAGAGCAGCCGCGAGGGGGGUAAAGAGAGAAAGAGGCGAUGGGAGAGAGGAGGGGGAGCAGCAGGAAGGGGAGGGGAUGGAGGUGGAGGAUGUAGGGGGCGAGCAGAGAGUGACAGAGGGGAGCACAAGUGCGGGGCAAGGGGAGGCAGAGGCUGCGAGGGGAGGGGAUGAAGAGGUUAGAGGAGGCGCACAAGGGCAGGAGGCGAGAGCAGGUGGUGGGGCCCACGGGAGUGUGGCGCCGUGGCGGCAUGUGGACCACGUGGUCAUGAACCUGCCUGCCUCCGCCAUCACAUUCCUGGGUGCGCUCCUCAUUCCUUCCCUGCCGUGA